AUGUUCAUAACCAAGGCCUGGAAUAGCUCGUCAGUGACCAUGUUUAUCCUGCUGGGAUUUCCAGACCAUCCAGAACUCCAGGUGCUCCUCUUCAUGACCUUCCUGGGCAUCUAUCUCAUGACCCUGGCCUGGAACCUGGUCCUCAUCUUUCUGAUCAGAGAAGACAUCCGUCUGCACACUCCCAUGUACUUCUUUCUCAGCAACUUGUCCUUCAUUGACAUUUGCUAUUCUUCUACAGUGGCUCCCAAGAUGCUCAUUGACUUCUUCCAGAAGGAGAAGACCAUAUCGUUCACGGGCUGUGCUGCUCAGUUUUUUUUCUUUGUAGGCAUGGGUCUAACUGAGUGCUUCCUCCUGACUGCUAUGGCAUAUGACCGAUACACAGCCAUCUCCUGCCCCCUUCUCUACACCACCAUCAUGUCCCAGGGCCGCUGUACAUGCAUAGUGGCUGGGGCAUAUGUCGGUGGCUUCCUGAGCAGCCUGAUCCAGGCCAGCUCCAUAUUUCGGCUCCACUUCUGCGGACCUAACAUCAUCAACCACUUCUUCUGUGACCUCCCACCAGUCCUGGCACUAUCUUGCUCUGACACCUUCCUCAGUCAAGUGGUGAAUUUCCUUGUAGUGGUCACUGUCGGAGGGACAUCCUUCCUAAUCCUCCUUAUCUCAUACAGUUACAUAGUGUCUGCUGUCUUGAAGAUCCUCUCAGUGGACGGCCGAUGGAAAGCCUUCAACACCUGUUCCUCACACCUGAUGGUGGUGUCUCUGUUGUUUGGGACAGCUCUUUUCAUGUACCUGCGACCCAGGUCCAGGUACUCACUUGGCAGGGACAAGGUGGUGUCUGUGUUUUACUCACUUGUAAUCCCCAUGCUGAACCCUCUCAUUUACAGUUUGAGGAACAAAGAGAUCAGGGAUGCCCUAUGGAAGGUGUUGGACAAGAAGAAAGUGUUUUCCUAG